AUGUUUCUUACAAGAUCAGAAUACGACCGAAAUUCUCAUGCAUAUUCACCAGAAGGACGAUUAUACCAAGUAGAAUAUGCAAUUGAAGCUAUAAAGCUUGGAGCAACGACAAUGGGUCUUGCUACACCACAAGGAGUGUUAUUGGGUGCAGAAAAACGAAUUACAUCAUCUCUUAUGGAGCCUUUGUCUGAAAAAAUUAUGGAGAUUGAUACACAUAUUGGUUGUUCUAUGUCAGGGUUGACAGCAGAUGCUCGAAUUCUUGUGGACCAUGCACGUGUUGAAUCACAAAACCAUCGAUUUACGUAUGAUGAACCUAUUGGAGUAGAAUCUGUCACACAGUCGAUCUGUGAUUGGGCGUUGCAGUUUGGUGAAGAUGCAGAUGAUGCUAUUAUGUCUCGGCCGUUUGGUGUAGCAUUUCUUGUAGCAGGUAUUGAUGAGAACGGUCCGCAGCUGUAUCAUGCAGAGCCAUCAGGAACGUAUUAUCAAUAUAAUGCUAAAGCAAUUGGUGCGGGAAGUGAAGGUGCUCAAACAGAACUUCAGAAUGAAUAUCAUCCUUCAAUGUCAUUAGAAGAAGGAGAGAUGUUAAUUCUUCGAGUAUUGAAACAUGUUAUGGAAGAAGCAUUAGAUGCAAAGAAUGUACAGCUAGCAAGUGUAACACACGACCAUGGGUUUCAGGUUUAUUCAGAUAAAAAGAUGCAAGAAAUAGUUGCAAAACUGUAA